AUGAGCCUCGUCGUCGCACCAGCCGAGGGGGAAACACCGCCCCCGGCAACAGGCAGCGGGCCCACACCAGACCCGACCAGCGCGGCCGGUGGGCAGGGCGGCGGCGGGUGGGUUGGGAUGAGCGGCUCUGCUGACAGCACGUUGGGUUUCUUCAGGGUGGAUGCCGCGGCGGGCCGCCUGGAGUUCCUGGGCUCCCAGACUCUGCCCAGCGCGGGCAUCAGCGACAUCGCCAUCAGGCGCGACGCCCGCGUGGCCGCGACGGCGCACUGGGACGGCCGCGUGCGGCUGUGGCAUGCGCGGAAGCGCGCGCCGCUGGGUGUGCUGCGGUACCAUUCGAAGGCGGCCGCGGCCGUGGCGCUCGGCGGCGCGCGCGGGGGGCUGCUGGCGACGGGCGGCAGGGACGGCGCGGUGGCGGUGUGGUCGGUGUACGCCACGCCACAGGCGAGAGAUGGGUGA